GGCUGUUUUAUUUAUUUAUUUAUUUUUUUGCCUUCCCUUUCCAGCUCCGGAGUCUUAACUCCCCAGACCCAAGUGGGUGGUGACCGCAGGCGCAGAGGUCUGGAGCGUAGCGCUCUCGUUUGUCGGUGUAGCGGUUCCUGGCUGCCCGCGGAGCGGGACUCGGCUCCACCUUUUGCCUGCAAGCCGCGGGGGUUGUCAGCGGCGCGCAGGUGCGGACCUCCGGGGUCGCGUCGCCGCGUGCAGAUCUUACCUGCAGGUCGAGGGCAGAAAAAAAAUCAGCUGCAGAAAAACUUCCUAAAAGAAAAGUAAGCUAAGAGAAUUUUGUAAGCAGUAAAAUAGAAGACAAAGAAUUGGCAGCAGAAACAGGAUGGCACCAGAGUAAGCAUAGCAUGAAAGAGAAAAAGCUGAUGAUGUCUUCCAGUUUCAAUGUUUUUGGAGUUGGCAUUUCUUUUGUUGUUAUGUGCAUUUUGUGUAAUUCAGCGAUAGACUCUCUACCAGAACUCAGUCCUCAGAAAUAUUUUAGUACUUUACAACCAGGAAAAGCUUCCUUAGCUUAUUUUUGUCAUUCUGAUUCUUCAGGCACCACUGUUUUUCUUGAAGAACUGAAUAAGGCUGUUAAACCCCUUCAGGACUAUGGAAUUUCAGUUGCAAAGGUUAAUUGUGUCAAGGAAGAAACAUCAAGAUACUGUGGAAAAGAAAAAGAUUUGAUGAAAGCAUAUUUAUUCAGGAGCAACAUAUUACUCAGAGAAUUCCCUACUGAUGCCUUGUUUGAUGUGAAUGCCAUUGUUGCUCAUGUUCUCUUUGCUCUUCUUUUCAAUGAAGUCAAAUAUAUCACCACCUGGGAAGACCUUCAGAAUAUAGACAAUGCUCUGAAAGGAAAAGCAAACAUUGUAUUUUCUUAUGUAAGAGCUAUUGGAACACCAGAGCAUAGGGCAAUUAUGGAAGCUGCUUUUGUGUAUGGGAACACAUACCAGUUUGUCUUAACUACAGAAAUUGCCGUUUUGGAAAGCAUUGGCACUGAGGAUAUAGAAUAUGCACAUCUCUACUUUUUUCAUUGUAAAGCAGUCUUGGACUUGACCCAGCAAUGUAAAAGAACACUAAUGGCACAGUCAUUGACUACACUGAACAUUCACCAAUUUAUAAAGACAAUGGAAGCACCUCUGUUGACUGAAGUUGCUGAAGAUCCACAACAAGUUUCGACUGUUCAUCUCCAACUAGGAUUACCGCUGGUUUUUCUUGUUAGUCAACAAGCUACACAUGAAGCUGAUAGAAGAACUGCAGAAUGGGUUGCUUGGCGUCUUCUAGGAAAAGCAGGAGUUCUACUCUUGUUAAGGGAUUCUUUGGAAGAGAGCAUUCCUCAGCAUGCUAAUGUGGCUUUCAAAAGAGAAGAGGGAAGACGAGUGGAAUAUUUGGUAUUACAUGAUAUUGAUUCAGUAAUUUCUCAUGUGGAAAAUAAUAUGCACGUUGAGCAAAUACAACAUGAAGACGAUGACUUGGAGGAACCAGACAUGGAUAUGCAAGAUGAUGAAGUAGAAGAAACUGUUUAUAGAGAUAGGAAGAGACAAUUACCUUUGGAACUUAUAGUGGAACUAACAGAAGAAACAUUUAACACAACUGUAAUGACUUCUGACAGCAUAGUGCUUUUUUAUGCUGGUUGGCAAGCAGUAUCCAUGGCAUUUAUGCAAUCCUAUAUUGAUGUGGCAAUUAAAUUGAAAGGCAUGUCUAGUAUGCUGCUUACUAGGAUAAACUGUGCAGAUUGGUCUUAUGUAUGUAUUAAACAAAAUGUUACUGAAUUUCCUGUUAUAAAGAUGUACAAGGACGGCAAGAACCCAGUAUAUUAUGCUGGUAUGUUAGGAACUAAAGAUCUUCUAAAAUUUAUCUACCUCAACAGGAUUUCAUGUCCAGUGAUCAUACCAUCUGUCCAAGAAGCUGAAGAGUAUUUAAGUGGGGAAUUAUAUAAAGACCUGCUCUCCUAUUCUAGUGUGUCAGUACUGGGACUGUUUAGUCCAACCAUGACAACAGAAAAAGAAUACUUCACUGAAGCAGGAAGUUAUCUAAAAGGAUGCGUUAUCAUUGCAAUUUAUUCUGAAGAAGAUGUUUUGAUACUGUCAAAUAGAUAUGCUGUGAGUCUCCCAGCCCUACUCCUUGUUAGACACAAAGAAGGCAAAAUAGAGGCUGUUCCAUUGGCUAACACCCAUACACAAGACAUAGUUCAAAUAAUAACAGAUGCAUCACUGGAGACAUUUCCAGAAAUCACUGUGGAAACUCUUCCUACUUAUUUAAGACUUCAGAAGCCACUACUUAUUUUAUUUAGUGAUGGUAGCAUAAGUAUUCAAUAUAGAAAAGCAGUAUUGAUGCUGAUAAAAGAGAAGCAUUUGGAUUCAUUUACUCCUUGCUGGUUAAAUCUGCAGAAUACUCCUGUGGGGAAAGAAAUUUUGCAGUCGUAUUUUGAUGUCUUGCCACCUCUUCCUCUUCUUGUUCUUGUGGAUUUGCAUUCUGGUGGCCAUGUAUUUGCAUUUCCUGCAGAUCAAGCUGUAACUGAACAAAACCUUUUAUUGUGGCUUAAGAAGUUAGAAGCAGGACUAGAAAGCCAUAUCACAAUUCUACCAGCUGAGGAAUGGAAACCUCCUCUUCCUGCUUAUGAUUUUCUAGGUAUGAUGGAGGCUGCAGCAUCUCAACAUCCCACUAGGAAAGCUCCUGAGUGUACGAAGGAAGUCGAUGUGCAGGAGAAUAGCAAAGGACAAAAGGAAGAUAAAUCAGCAAUCAGAAAAGAACCUACUGAAACAUUGAGAAUAAAGCACUGGAAUAAAAGUGGUUGGCUUAAGGAAGCAGAAAAAUCUUUUUUGCAUGAUAAUAAAGAAUUAUAAUUAUUCAAAGUGAACUAAUAUCAUAGACGAUGGAAAGCCUUCCAUAGAUUUGACUUGAAAUGUGUAAGAAUUUAUUUCAUUUUAAGUGAAGAGAAGAAAGACAACUACCAGAUGAUUUCACUUACAUGUGGAAUCUAGAGAUAUGAUUUAUAUGAACUUGCCAAAAACAAACAAAAAAAAUUCAAACAAAACAGAUGUAAGCAAACUGUUUGACUUACAAGAACUAUGGUGGUUAUCUCUGGGAGGUGUGAGUGUAGGGAUACAGAAUUUGGUGUCGGUGUGGUGUGGAACUAUACAUUGUAAUCUUACAAUCUUGUAACAAACUAUUAAUAACAUAAAAUUUAUAGAAAGAAUAUUUCAUUACA